UAGAAUACGGGAGGGAGGGGAGACGGGGUGUCUGCUGCCAUCACACGGCCAGGGGAGACUGGCAUCUGUCAGGUGACGCCCGAUUGCACCCCAAAGUCUCCGCAUGCAUAUGACAUGAGCUGCGGAUGAGCUUUCUCUCUUCUCGAUCGCAAGGGCCGCUCUGUGUUUGUGGGCCCGAGAGGGCACUGUAAGCAGCUGCGGCCUCCUGUCUCACCUGUGUCAUCCUGGGGUGACCGAUCGAGCCUCCCACCCCCCUCUGCUGGCUGGAUGUGCGCAUACAGCUGUCAUAUAUGUGCAGGCUGUCACCUCUCAGCGGUGUCAAUGAGCCGCCACCCAUCUCAUCUCCCCUCAGGGGUGCUGCUUCUGCGUGUCCUCCGUCCCUCCAUAUGCUGCCCCUGCUAAGGGGCAACCUUCUCCCUUGCCAUUUUACUUAUGGACGAUCAUCUGCCCUAUCAAAGGCUUCUGUAGUCGUGGACGUGUGACAGCUCUGGGCCGGACCGAGCCAUUCAAGUGCUGUUUUGCUUCGGGGUUCCAUUGUGCACAGCAAACCCAGAAGGAAAGACCAAGUCAUGCAGACACCCCAGCUCCAGUACGAUUUCUUCAGCGAGGAAAAUGCCCCCAAGUGGAGGAAUCUGCUUGUAUCCUCCCUGAAGAAGGUUCAAGUACAGGUCCACCCAAACCUCUCCUCAGCCGAAGAUGCUCUCCAGUAUGUCGAAGAGUUAAUUUUGCAGCUGCUAAGCAUGCUCUGCCAAGCGCAGCCCCGCAGUGUCCUGGAUGUUGAGGAGCGGGUUCAGAAAAGCUUCCCUCACCCCAUAGAUAAGUGGGCAAUCGCUGAUGCUCAAUCUGCUAUUGAGAAGAAGAAGCGACGGAAUCCUUUAUCUCUCCCUGUAGAUAAAAUCCAUCCUUUACUAAAGGAGAUCUUAGGUUAUAAAAUUGACCAUCAAGUAUCUGUUUACAUAGUAGCAGUAUUAGAAUACAUUUCUGCUGAUAUAUUAAAACUAGCUGGGAAUUAUGUACGGAAUAUCAGGCAUUAUGAAAUUACCAAACAAGACAUCAAGGUUGCAAUGUGCGUGGAUAAGGUGUUGAUGGAUAUGUUCCACCAAGAUGAAGAAGACAUAAGUGCAUUGUCCUUAGCUGAUGAAGAGCCAUCCACUUUAGGGGAACAAACAUAUUAUGACCUUGUGAAGUCUUUUAUGGCAGAAGUUAGGCAAUAUAUAAGGGAACUGAACCUCAUCAUUAAAGUAUUCCGAGAACCUUUUGCCUCCAGCACGAAACUGUUUUCAGCUCAUGAUGUAGAAAAUAUUUUUAGUCGAAUCAUCGAUAUCCAUGAACUAAGUGUAAAGCUUCUGGGCCUUAUUGAGGACACAGUAGAAAUGACAGAUGAAGGCAGUCCUCAUCCUUUAGUAGGAAGCUGCUUUGAGGACCUAGCGGAGGAAUUAGCUUUUGAUCCAUAUGAGUCAUAUGCUCAGGAUAUUCUUCGACCAGGUUUUCAUGAUCACUUCCUUGGUCAACUAUCAAAGCCUGGUGCUGCUCUUUAUUUACAGUCUAUAGGUGAAGGUUUCAAAGAAGCUGUGCAAUACGUUUUGCCUCGGCUACUUCUAGCUCCUGUUUACUACUGCCUGCACUACUUUGAAUUUAUUAAGCAAUUAGAAGAAAAAAGCGAGGAUGAGGAAGACAAAGAAUGUUUGAAGCAAUCUAUCACUGCUCUACUCAACCUUCAGAGCAGCAUGGAAAGGAUAUGUUCUAAGAGCUUGGCAAAGAGACGACUCAGUGAAUCUGCAUGCCGUUUUUAUAGUCAACAAAUGAAGGGAAAGCAGUUAGCAAUUAAGAAAAUGAAUGAGAUACAGAAGAACAUUGAUGGAUGGGAGGGAAAGGACAUUGGACAAUGCUGCAAUGAAUUCAUCAUGGAAGGGGCCCUAACACGUGUAGGGGCCAAGCAUGAAAGGCAUAUUUUCCUCUUCGACGGCUUGAUGAUCUGUUGCAAAUCAAAUCAUGGACAGCCAAGGUUACCAGGCGCCAGCAAUGCUGAGUAUCGGUUAAAAGAGAAGUUCUUUAUGAGGAAGGUACAAAUCAAUGACAAGGAUGACACUAAUGAGUAUAAACAUGCUUUUGAGAUUAUCUUGAAGGAUGAGAACAGUGUUAUUUUUGCUGCAAAGUCAGCAGAGGAAAAAAAUAACUGGAUGGCUGCCUUAAUAUCCCUACAGUACAGAAGUACUUUAGAGCGAAUGUUAGAUGGGGCAAUUUUGCAAGAGGAGAAAGAAGAACAGUUGCGCCUUCCAAGCCCCAAGGUGUACAGGUUUGCAGAGCCUGACUCAGAAGAGAAUAUAAUAUUUGAGGAAAAUGUACAACCCAAAUCUGGUAUCCCCAUUGUUAAAGCUGGGACUGUAGUGAAGCUCAUCGAGAGACUAACUUAUCACAUGUAUGCAGACCCGAACUUUGUUCGAACAUUUCUUACGACAUAUAGAUCGUUUUGCAAACCUCAAGAACUUCUGAGCCUUCUGAUAGAAAGGUUUGAAAUUCCAGAACCUGAACCAAGUGAAGCAGAUAGAAUUGCAAUGGAAAAUGGAGACCAGCCCCUUAGUGCAGAGUUAAAAAGGUUUAGGAAAGAAUAUGUACAACCUGUACAGCUACGAGUUCUAAAUGUUUGUCGACACUGGGUCGAACAUCACUUCUAUGACUUUGAACGAGAUGCAGACCUAUUAGUGCGUUUAGAAGAUUUCAUAGGAACAGUCAGAGGAAAAGCCAUGAAAAAAUGGGUGGAAUCUAUCACGAAGAUCAUCCUACGAAAAAAGCAGGCCCAAGCCAACGGGCCUAGCCACAAUAUAACAUUUGAAAGCUUGCCACCUCCAAUUGAAUGGCACAUUAGUAGGCCGGGACAGAUGGAAACCUUUGACCUUCUUACAUUACAUCCCAUAGAAAUUGCUCGUCAGCUGACUUUACUAGAAUCUGAUCUCUACAGGGCUGUACAGUCUUCAGAACUUGUUGGCAGUGUAUGGACUAAAGAAGAUAAAGAAAUAAAUUCCCCUAACCUUUUAAAAAUGAUCCGGCACACAACUAAUCUCACCUUGUGGUUUGAAAAGUGCAUCGUAGAAACAGAAAACCUAGAAGAGCGAGUGGUAGUUGUAAGUCGAAUCAUAGAAAUUCUCCAGGUUUUUCAAGAGCUAAACAAUUUUAAUGGCGUACUUGAAGUUGUAAGUGCCAUGAACUCUUCACCAAUAUACAGACUUGAUAACACUUUUGAGCAAAUACCAAGUAGGCAGAGGAGAAUUCUAGAAGAAGCUCAUGAAUUGAGUGAAGAUCACCAAAAGAAGUAUUUAGCUAAACUCAGGUCAAUUAAUCCACCAUGUGUGCCUUUUUGCGGAAUUUAUUUGACCAACAUUUUAAAAACAGAAGAAGGCAAUCCUGAUUUUCUAAAAAGACAUGGGAAGGAAUUGGUGAACUUUAGCAAAAGAAGAAAAGUGGCUGAGAUCACCGGUGAGAUCCAGCAGUACCAGAACCAGCCCUACUGUCUACAAGUAGAGGCUGACAUCCGUAGGUUUUUUGAGAACCUAAAUCCAAUGGGGAGUGUUGCAGAGAAGGAAUUUGAAGACUACUUGUUCAAGAAGUCGCUGGAUAUUGAGCCACGAAAUGCAAAGACUUUGCCAAGAUUUCAAAAAAAGUACACUUAUCCACUUAAGUCUCCUGGUGUGCGUCCUUCAAACACAAGGCCAGGAACAAUGAGACACCCUACCCCUUUGCAGCAGGAACCAAGGAAAAUCAGCUACAGUCGCAUCCCAGAGAGUGAAACGGAAACAGCAGCAUCUGCCCCGAACUCGCCUAGAACACCCUUAACGCCACCACCACCACCAUCUGCAGCAUCCAGUACCACUGAUGUCUGCAGCGUGUUUGAUUCUGACCCAUCAAGUCCAUUUCAUUCACGAUCUGCCUCUGUAUCUUCAAUCAAUUUUUCUAAGAACUGUGAUGAAAUUCAGGUUCCUCCACCUGUACCUCCUCGAAGACGACCAGAAUCUGCCCCAACUGAGUCAUCCCCAUCAAAGAUCAUGUCUAAACAUGUGGACAGUCCUCCAGCAAUACCACCUCGACAACCUACAUCAAAAGUAUACUCCCCACGAUAUCCAAUGUCUGAGCGCUCCUCAGUCUCUGAGGGACCUGAAAGCCCCCCAGUUCUGCCACCACGAGAACCAGUACGUACUCCUGAUGUCUUCUCCAGUUCUCCACUUCACCUUCAACCACCUCCACUUGGACGAAAAAGUGAACAUGCUACCACUUUCUUUCCUUAUAGCCCUUCACCAUUUACCCAGCCUCCCCCUCAGACUCCAUCCCCUCAUGGAACCAGAAGACAUUUACCUUCACCCCCUUUAAUACAGCAAGAUGUAGAACUGCCUCCCAUCACUGGCCCUCCUGUACCACCCCGACAGAGCACUUCUCAGCCUAUACCGAAGCUCCCGCCAAAAACUUACAAGCGGGAGCCCCCUCAUCCUUCUAUUCAUAGAGAUGGACCCCCCUUGUUGGAAAAUGCCAACUCCUUGUAACAAAGAUGCUUUAUUUGAAACACUAAAAACAUUUGUUUCCUCAAACUGCAAAGAAUGGCUUGAAUAAACCUGAAUUACACAAGAGAAGGGAUGAUUCUGAUGCUAUUCAGUGCAGAAGUGCAGAUGCAAAUUGCACCAAUAUUAAAGACUGUUGAUUAGGCUGGA